AAACAGCAUUUUCGGGUCAAACAAGUAGAGCCACUCCUCGAUUUACAAUUUCUCAUUGCGCUGCUCAAUUUUGGAGGGGACCCUAUAAAAACGCAGGCAAUAAAAAGGUGCUAAAGGUGCACGUAAAAAUCAGUCAACUGCUGUCAGCAUGGUCAUGCGCAUCUCCCAAUGGAUUCUCGUACUUGCUCUCCUUACGCACGUUUGUGCCAGGGUCUCCAACGGUGCCAAGGAAGAUGCAGAAAAAUUAGGCAACCUUGACGAAGAGAGCAUCACCAAAGAAUACACGCUGGAAGAACUGGUGGCAGACAGCAAUUACACAGAAGUCGAAGCCUGGCUGGCAAAUAGUACAACUGCGGCACCAAUCAACGUGCUUAGCAAUAAUGAAUUUCCCAACGCCACAGCCCGGAACGGAAGAAUAUUGGGAGGAACAGAAAUUACGAGUGAUGCCGGGUUUUCGCAGUACAUUUAUUACGUGUUAGUGCGGGGCACAAGUGCCGCUGGCACUCAUCGGACCUUCUGCGGAGGCUCUUUACUGUCCAACACUUGGGCCUUGACCGCCGCUCAUUGCGUUGCAUUGGUGUCCACCGUUACUGUUUUUCCUGGCACAUAUUCGAAUCCAACUGCAGGCACUGGAACCACAGCCACGCCUACGAUUCAUCCUGGUUUUAGAUGGAAUUUCAUGAUACACGACGUCGCGCUGCUAAAGAUGACUUCACCGUUGACCCUCGGGACUCUUAUCGGGACCAUUCGACUUUCAAGCGUCAAACCCACCACUGCUUUGGACAAUGUUGCGUUUAAGACGUUGGGAUUCGGUCCUAAUGAUGACACUACCACUGCAAUUGGUGCAACGUCAAAGCUGUUCUGGGUUGAAUUGACGAAUGUGAAAAAAACCACAUGCAAUUCAGAGACAAUCGAUGUUUAUGUGGCGUACCCAGCAAACACCGGAUGUUUGGGCACCUCCUCCGGAACCAAGGGAAUUUGUUAUGCUGAUCCCGGUGGACCUGUCAUUUACACAAGUUCGACCGACGGUACUGCGAAACUAAUUGGGAUCAACUCUCAAUUUAUAGGCUGCCCAAGUCAAUAUCCCAGCUCGUUCACCUGGAUUUAUCCCUACAUCAGCUGGAUCACAGCCACGACCAAGAAAUAUUUCACAUAAUAUUUAUUCACUGCUUCUGUUGAAUAUUUUUUUUAAUUUAUUCUUUGUUAAAUUUGAUUAAAAUAUUUUCUUUAAAACCUU